UCUAGCAGCUUAGCUUACCGUACUAUAAAACAACAAUCCCUCAGCAUACUCUUCGCAAGCCAUCCAUUUACUCUCUCUUCUCAUGUCUUGCUUGAGACUGAGGCUUCCACCGGCCAGAAGGGCUUGGAAGAGCUUCACUUCCAAACUACAGAGCAAGCUCCACAAACCCAAAGGCAUCACAAAACCCAGAAACCGUGUCAAAGCAAUCACUGCUGAUGCUGCUUCUUCUUCUCCUUCUGCUUGUGCUUCUGGUCGACUUCGACCCUACAAAUUUCCCCAACUGCGUUUCAAACGCAGACGGCGUCUUGCCCUACGUUUUCUCUAUAACCACCCUCAGCUCCUACAGAAUCGCAGCACUGCACAUGUCUAUGUUGACAAGCUUUUUAAAGAGCCGGCUGUGACUGAGCCAGUCGAGCGCUCUCAGCCUCCUGUAGAAAAGUGCAAGCAAGCUGCUGCUGCUGCUGCUGCAACAAUAGCUACUGGAAGUGGGGGCGAGAGAGCUUGUGCUACAGCAGACGAUAUGUGGGAGUCAUUGGGAUUUGCUUCCCCUCUGAUGCAUGGAAUUGAUGAAAGAGCUGAGGAGUUCAUAGCCAGGUUCAGAAAGGAAAUGGAGGUUCAGGAGAAGCUGGCACGCGAUCAUUUGUAGCAGAAGCUUUUAAAAAAAAAAAAAAAAAAUUAGAUUAAUAGAUCAUCUAUACAUAUGUAAAUUAAGUGUGAUUGUUCUGCUCAAGAAUUUGUUUCGCAUGAAUCUGUGAUAUUUAUUCGUUUCAAGAUAAAAAAAAGAGUGAAUUCUGUA